AUGGCAAAAAUGAUAACAGAUCAUUUAAAAAUACCUAUGAUCAGAAUAAUUUUUCUCUCGUCUUAUAUCACCUAUAUGAUGACGCAUUUGUAUGCAUAUUGCUAUUCAGCUGAAAAACUUAUGGCAGAGAGUACCAAUAUAGCGUACGGCAUUUAUGAAUGCAAGUGGUACAACCUACCAUCGAAAGAUGCAAAAGACUUAAUGUUCAUUGUAUAUCGAUCUAAGAUUCCUCUUAAACUAACAGCUGGAAAAUUCGGCAUCUUUUCAAUAGAGAUGUUUGGAUUAGCUAUCAAAACGGCAAUGGGAUAUUUAUCAGCAUUGCUAACAAUCAGAGGUUAA